CUAAUUAAGAGUUACACCUUUCUGAGUACUCAAGCAAUCAAACAUCCUUACUGCUCCUUUAACCACCAUGUUCGCCUUCGGUCUACCACUCUUCUUCUCUUUGCUCCUCCUCAUCUUCACCACCGCACAACCUUACAAAGCGACCGAACACUUCCUUCUUGACUGUGGUUCAUCCAGCUUUUCCAUUUCCAAUUCCAAUCAGAGAUGGGAGGGUGAUGAAAGUUCCAAAUUUGUACCUUCCGACUUCACCACCACUUCCUUUUCACUUAAAGCUUCAUCUCAAGAUCCUUCUGAUGUGGAUGCAAUCCCUUAUUCCACUGCCCGAAUCUUUAACACUUCAUCAUUCACCUACACUUUUCCAGUGUCUCCAGGGCCCAAAUUUCUCCGCCUCCAUUUCUAUCCAACCAACUACUCCAACCUUGAUACGAAAACAUCUUUCUUCUCUGUAUCAUCCAAUGGCUACUCUCUUUUAACCAACUUCAGUGCCUUGCUACACGUGUUGUUUCAAAAAGAGACUCGCCCUGAUGCAAAACUUGUCAAGGAAUUCCUCAUCCAUGUAAACAAUACACAAACACUAAACGUUGUCUUUACACCUUCGCCCAACUCAUAUGCCUUCAUCAAUGGUAUUGAAAUCGUCUCAAUGCCCGACGAUCUGUAUUUCAAUAAUCCUAUAAAACCGAAACCCAUUGGUGUGAUUAAUGGACCCGUUAUUGAUAACAAUACGGCUCUUGAAAAUAUAUACCGGUUAAACAUGGGCGGGGGACAAAUAUCCGGUAAAUAUGAUACAGGUAUGUACCGGUUUUGGGAUCAAGAUGAUAACUACAUAUAUGGUGGAGCGUUUGGGUUGACGCCUUAUCCGUACCAGGCUCCGAUCACGUACACCACCGAGACUCCGAAUUAUACGGCACCCGAGCAAGUUUACCAAACCCAAAGGAGUAUGGGCAAACUGGCUGACCAGUACAACCUGACUUGGAGACUUCCAGUUGAUUCUGGGUUUAAUUACAUGCUCAGGCUCCAUUUUUGCAACAUCAUACCACAAUACACAAAAAGGGAACAGGUGCGAUUUUAUAUCUUCAUUAAAAAUCAAACCGUUGAAAAAGAUUUUGAUCCAUUCUACGGGACCCAAGGUAGAGGGUAUCCUUUUUUCAAGGAUUAUGUUGUGCAUGUCGACAGCCCAGAUGGCCGCCCAAGCAAGCAAGAUUUGUGGCUUGCAUUGCAUCCCAACGCCUAUUCGGAAGCAUAUUAUGAUGGAUAUCUGAAUGGUUUGGAAGCUUUUAAGCUCAGCUGGAUAGGUAAUCUUGCAGGCCCCAACCCAGAACCUAGCUCUACAUCCCCGCCUGCAAGUCCCAGUAAUAAGAGCAAGAACAAAACUCCAUAUGCCGUAAUAAUUGGAGGUGCCGUAGGAGCGUUAGUUUUGUUAUCUAUAUUAAUUCUUAUAGUUUUACGGAGACGAAGGCAAGUCAAACACUAUGGCACAGCCGCUGACGAUAUGUCAUCCUAUGGUCCUGCUUAUAGUGAAUCAAAAUCUACAAAGUCUACCCAUUCAACACUUCCAUCAGACCGAUGCCGUCGUUUUUCACUUAGAGAAGUAAAGGUUGCUACCGAUGAAUUUAAUGACAAUUGCGUGAUAGGCAACGGAGGGUUUGGUAAAGUGUACAAAGGGCACAUAGACAACGCUACAUCCACUGUCGCAAUCAAACGGCUAAAUGAAUCCUCCAGCCAAGGAUUAAACGAGUUUCACACGGAAAUAGUUAUGUUAUCGAAAUUACGUCAUGUCCAACUAGUGUCCCUGAUUGGAUACUGUGAUGAUGAGGAAGAAAUGAUACUCGUGUAUGAUUACAUGGCUAAUGGCACUCUAAGGGAACAUCUAUAUAAAACAAACAAACCUCCUCUGCCAUGGAAAAGACGUCUUCGUAUUUGCAUUGGCGCGGCCAAAGGGUUGCAUUAUCUCCACACGGGUGCAAAGCGGUCAAUCAUUCAUCGGGAUGUCAAGUCCACAAAUAUCUUACUGGAUGAAAAUUGGGUUGCUAAGGUGUCCGAUUUCGGUUUGUCUAAGCUUGGCCCAAGAGACCAAGCACAAAACCAUGUUAGCACCGUGGUGAAGGGUAGUAUGGGAUAUGUUGAUCCUGAAUAUUACCGAACUCAGCAACUCACGGAUAAAUCUGAUGUGUACUCGUUUGGAGUUGUUCUGCUUGAAGUGUUGUGUGCAAGACCUGUUAUGAUUCCUGGGCUGCCCAAAGAACAAGUGAGUUUGGCAGUGUAUGGAAAAUCAUGUUAUCAGAAAGGGACCCUGAAACAGAUAGUUGACCCAAAACUAAGGGGUAAGAUUGCACCCGAGUGUUUAAGGAAGUUUGGAGGGGUCGCGACUAGUUGUCUGAAGGAUAAUGGAAGUGACCGGCCAACUAUGGAUGAAGUAGUUUGGGGACUUGAGUUUGCAUUGGAGCUACAAGAAGCUGCUGAAAGGAGGGUUAGUGAGACCGUGCCAGAGAAUCAGGAACUUCCAUUUCUGAUGCAAGGUGAGGUAACCACAACGGACGAUGAGUUGUUCUCGGGAUCAACUGCAGUAAGAAAUGGCACAUCAUCGCUUAGUAGCAGCUACGAAGGGUUCAAAUCAGAAACAGUUUUCUCAGAAAUUCUGAAGCCAGAAGGAAGGUGAGAUAUGAAUGUUGAACUUAAAGCCACCAUUCAGGAUAUAUGGUGGUACUGCUUUCCUACAGAGUCAGACUAUCUAUCCUAUAUUUUUAGAUUUCGAUUAUUGUAUUUAUAGAAUUCUGAUUAGACUAUAUCGAAUUUAAAUGUUGUUCUUUCAUUUAAGAAUUGGUGCUUUAACAGUCA